AUGGCGGCGGCAGGAGUCAGUAUUUGCGUCGAAGCCGUGCAAGAAAACCAAAUACAAGAAUGUCGAGUUGUGGAGAGGGCAGAUGGAGACGGCCAGGAGAUACAGGAAGUAUACGUCCAGCCGCUGUCCAUGUCGGAGAACUUGAGUAAACUUGCCCACAAGAUCGACUUUUACAAGGAUGAAUCUGAUGACAAGAAAGGAUCAUCAGGUGACAUAGAAAAGGAAAGUGAUGAUAAGAACGCUAUAUCAUUCCAACCCUCACUAUGGCCCUGGGACUCUGUCAGGAACAAAAUCAAGGGCUCCUUAACGGAGAUGAGUGUACUACUGGAUGUGCUCAACAUUACCAAGGAGAAGCGCUACAUGAUCCUUGACCAGGUUUCUCAACCUGCGCCUGAUCCCAAACCUCAACUCCAGCUUCAACUCCUCUCCAAGAAAUCGGCCCUCAAUGAGGCGACCAAUGUUUUAUUGAAUGGGGCGGAGAGAUUGCGACGAUCCCAGUCAGAGAUGGGGAGUAAACCACAGGGAGACUUCCAUAUAGAGCUGCUCAAGCUCAGACAGAACUGGCGACUCAAGAAGGCAGGAAAGUUGAUACUCGGGGACCUGAGUUACAAGUCAGCUGGGUCACGAUACUGGCAGGGAGGAACCUUUGAGGUGGUCAAGAGCACGUCUGUUGCAGAGGGGUCAGAGGCCACCUUACCAAAGGGCAGUCUGGAGGUCAUCAUCCCUAGCGAACUGGAGGGUGUAGCAUACAUUCAGGUGGAGGUCAAGGUCGUCCCUGAAGCCAUGGACUUGAUGAGUGCAAUUUUGAAGAUCCCAUCUGGCCUAGGCACCAUACCUACUGAUGCCUACUGGCAACAGAAACUGGAGGUGGCACAGAAUGUCCUCUUCUGUAAAGAAAUAUUUGCACAUUUGGCCCGGGAAGCUGUCCAAAGUAAAUCAUCAGUACCUCAUCUAGUCGUUGGCAAUCAGAUCAUCACAAAUAUAUUCCCUGGUAUUCAACUUUCCAUUGUGCUGUGCCAUUCUCCUGGGAAAGAGAAAGAGAAAAAGCAAUCAUCAGCACCUCAUAAAUUGGACCACAAUCAUGUGUUGGAGCACUCUCUCCAUCAACUCUUACGUGAGCUUCACUACAAAAACAUCCACUUCUCCCCGCCACAUCCUGUCACAUCUGUCAUCGGCAUCUCAAAGAAACGUCGACUAGCUGGACCCAGUGCCCUGUCACGGUCAGAACUGGCUGAAAUGAUGGAGAGCGAAACUUUACUACAUCAAAUCAUCAAGCAGACAAAACACAGUGUUUUACGCCUAAGAACCAUGAAGACUAUAGACCAUUAUGCUUCAAUGCAGAAAGAUCCCAACCUAGCUACUCACUGGAACUGUACAAACAACAGUCUAGAGGCGAGCUGUCGGGUAGUGAUCACAUCCCAAGGAUACGAUCUACGGGUGUGGCACAGCUUUGUAUUGAACAUUGGUGUAGACAUGGUGAAAGCUGUCACCCGUGAGGGGCGUGUCUACACAUUCUCCUACGAGGAACGGGAACUGGAGGACUUCAUCAUGUGGCAGAUAUCACAGCACCAGUUGAGUGUUUCCCAGAACCUAGCCCGUAUGAUGGGAUGGCAGAUGCUCAGUACCAGUACUGCCCUUGGGGUGGGGGACAUGGAAGAUGUGGGCACAGCCUCCUCACUAGUACUUGCUUCACCAAGUCAUGACAGGGUGCUGGCAAUAAAGAGCGGACCAAGUAGUGGUGUGAAGGUCUUCCUGCAGUGUCAUUCCAAAGAUCACAAUGGCAAGAACAGAGCUGUAUUAAAAGACAUCAAAUGGCAAAGCAUAGGCACAGACUUUCAGUCCGUCGACCUCGCACGGUUUGACGGGCGUAGCUUUGCUUCAAAGUUUGAACUGUUACUGGCAGUACUUGCUAGAUCAUCAAAGUGAGUGUUGUUUGUCUUGUUCUAUAGUGCUAAUAUGUGACAUUAUUGUGAAAGAAUGCUGCCAUUUAGAGAAGAACUUUUAAUGAGGGAAAAUGUCAGAUGCAUCAAAUUCGAUUUGAAAACGAUGAUCACAGGAUUGAUAUGGAAACAUAUCUG